CCGGAAGUGAGGAAGCUGCAUCCGGCGCCGGAAAAAGUGAGAGUGGGAUUUCCCCAGUCUUCCGACGGGUCCUGGUUACCUCUGCUGUGGUCACUUUUGGGAAGAAAUGUCUUCUGUAAAAAGAAGUCCAAAACAAGAAAUAAUUUCCCAAUUUCACUGUUCAGCUGCAGAAGGAGAUAUUGCCAAGUUAACAGGAAUACUUAGUCAUUCUCCAUCUCUUCUUAAUGAAACUUCUGACAAUGGCUGGACUGCUUUAAUGUAUGCUGCAAGGAAUGGGCACCCAGAUGUUGUCCGAUUUCUGCUUGAGAAAGGGUGUGACAGAUCACUUGUCAAUAAAUCAAGGCAGACUGCACUGGAUAUUGCUGUAUUUUGGGGUUAUAAGAAUAUAGCUGAUUUACUGGCUAGUGCUAAAGGUGGGAAGAAGCCAUGGUUCCUAACCAAUGGAGUAGAAGAAUGUGAAAAUUAUUUUAGCAAAACUCUACUGGACCGCAAAAGUGAAAAGAGAAAUAAUUCUGACUGGUUACUAGCUAAAGAAAGCCAUCCAGCCACAGUUUAUAUCCUUUUUUCAGAUUUAAAUCCCUUGGUCACUCUAGGUGGCAAUAAAGAAAGUUUCCAACAGCCCGAAGUCAGGCUUUGUCAGCUGAACUACACAGAUGUAAAGGAUUAUUUGGCUCAGCCUGAGAAGAUCACCUUGAUUUUCCUUGGAGUAGAACUUGAAAUGAAAGAAAAGUUACUUGAUGCUGGAGAAGUCCCAAGAGAAGAAGAAGAUGGGUUGGUUGCCUGGUUUGCUCUAAGUAUAGAUCCCACUGCUGCUGAAGAAUUUAAACAAAGACAUGAAAAUUGUUAUUUUCUUCAUCCUCCAAUGCCAGCUCUUCUGCAGUUAAAAGAAAAAGAAGCUGGAGUUGUAGCUCAAGCUAGAUCUGUUCUUGCCUGGCACAAUCGAUACAAGUUUUGUCCAACCUGUGGAAGUGCAACUAAAAUUGAAGAAGGUGGCUAUAAAAGAGUAUGUUUAAAAGAAGACUGUCCUAGUCUUCACGGUGUUCAUAAUACAUCAUAUCCAAGAGUUGAUCCAGUAGUAAUCAUGCAAGUUAUUCAUCCAGAUGGGACCAAAUGUCUUUUAGGCAGGCAGAAAAGAUUUCCCCCAGGCAUGUUUACUUGCCUUGCUGGAUUUAUUGAACCUGGGGAGACAAUAGAAGAUGCUGUUCGGAGAGAAGUGGAAGAGGAAAGUGGAGUCAAAGUUGGCCAUGUUCAGUAUGUCUCUUGUCAACCAUGGCCAAUGCCUUCCUCCUUAAUGAUUGGUUGCCUAGCUGUGGCAGUGUCUACAGAAAUUAAAGUUGACAAGAAUGAAAUAGAGGAUGCCCGCUGGUUCACCAGAGAACAGGUCGUGGAUGUUCUGACCAAAGGGAAGCAGCAGGCAUUCUUUGUGCCACCAAGCCGAGCUAUUGCACAUCAGUUAAUCAAGCACUGGAUUAGAAUAAAUCCCAAUCUCUAAAUCAAGGAACUAGGCUUUGUUUGAGUAUUAUUUGAUUUCUAAUACCACUUAUUCCUCAAGUGAGAUUAGAAAUAUUCAGUGCUCCUUAAAGUGUCAAAACACAGAAUGUUAUGUUGGGUUUUUGAAAUAUUUUCAAAGUGUACUUUCCAUCUUAAUCACAUAAUUUGUAUUUUCAUAAUUUACAACAUUGCCUCAGAUUUUGUUAAAUCUGGGUCAGGCUUCCAUGAACACUAUUUUUUGGUUGUGCUUCAAAAUUUUCUCACAAAACCAUUUUUUCUUUUAUUUACUUUUUAAAAUUUUUUUUUUA